UGGUGGGGUCACCCCUGAUACAGACACACGCUCGAAAACCAUGACAGCCCGAGGGACCCCCAGCCGCUUCCUGCAGAGUGUUCUGCGCAAUGGGGUGGGCAGGUACGUGUGCCAGCUGAAGAGACUCACCCUUACCUUCAGCAAGGACGCCCAGCCCUCCCGAGGAGCCAGGGAAUUUAUUGAAGAAAAGGUCAUUGAUUUUGCCAAGCAGAACCCCAGCGUUGUUCUGUAUGUGAAUCCCAAGCCAUGCAGAGUCCCCAAACUGGUGGGGGAAUACUUGAAUGGGACUGUCAAAGAAGAAGCCAUUAACAGCAAAACUGCAGAGCAAAUAGCACAAUUGGUUCAGAAGAUGGCCGACCAGUCAGGUCUGGAAAUCAUCCGUAUCAGGAAGCCUCAACACACAGACAACCCUAGCAUUCAGGGACAAUGGCAUCCUUUCACCAACAAACCAUCUUCUAUCAACAUGCAAGUGUUUGAUGCUUUCAGCCAACAGACCAAAUCCCAACCAUAAAUAUUGUCUUGUCUAUCUCUCUGGUCUAGAA